AUGGACAAGGUCGAUAGCCUCGUGGAGCGGGCACGUUGCCUGGCUUUGCACCAGAUACAGCCCGUGGACAAAUUCCAUGAAACUCUCGACGGUCACUUGCAGAAAAUUUAUGAUUCGAUAUGCAUCUCCGAUCAAUCAAGAAGUGAGUUCCUCAGAACGGUUGAAAAGGAACCUGGCCCUGCUGCUCAGCCAACUGCGGACCCUCUGGUCACGGUGGAUGAUUUCCGCGCGUACAUGAAGAAUUCAACUUCUUGCGCUCAAGCAGCUGUGAAGGAUCUAGAUCUAUCGGCUCCUAUUUCGGAUUACUUUGUGUCCUCAAGCCAUAACACCUAUUUGACCGGCAAUCAGUUGUAUAGCGAGGCAGCCGCAAGUGCAUACACAUCGGUUCUUCUGCGUGGCUGUCGCUCUGUUGAAAUUGAUGUAUGGGAUGGAGAGUCUGACGACUCAGACUCGAGUGACAGUGACACCAGCGAUGACAGUGACGAUAAUGAGAAAACGCCCAGUCCCAGCAUCAAGCAGCGAAUCAUGUCAAAGAUUGAAACUCAAGAGAAGUCUGCCAGUCGAGUCCCUCAAGCAGUUUCGACAAGGUUGGGAGAUGCCCUGCGCCGAAAAACCGCCACAGCUUCGGUGACGGCCCCCAGCGAAGAGGCAUUCCCAAACCAAAAGGCUAUCAAAGGCGAACCGAGGGUCUUGCACGGGCACACCUUGACGAAAGGAACUUCGUUCCGUGAAAUCGCAUAUGCUAUUCGAGAUAGUGCCUUUGUGGCGAGUAAUCUACCGGUUAUCAUCAGCUUCGAAGUCCACGCAUGCUUGGAGCAACAACAAAUCAUGGUCGAUAUUAUGAGAGAGGCCUGGAAAGGCCUUCUGGUGGAGCUCUCACCGAAUGUCGAAGCAGAUAAACUACCAUCUUUGGCAGAAUUGAGAAGGAAGAUCUUGAUCAAAACAAAAUCUAUUCCUUUGACUCCGACUGAAGAGAAGGAAGAACCACUAGUACCUUUGGAAUCUGAGGAAUUAAGUGGUCAGUCUGGCGUUGUACAGCCGCCCGUCAAGCCAGUCAAAGUCCUCGAGGCCUUGGCCAAGAUGGCUAUUUACACGCAAGCGUAUCGCUUCAGUCACUUUGAGCAGCCAGGUGCGAGUCUGUGGUUUUCAAACGAUGCUCCCUUCAUACUAAUACCCCGACCAGAGGCAAAAAUUCCGGUGCAUAUUUUCUCCUUGUCCGAAAAGGCAUGUCGCGAGGCUCACGACAACCAUCGCGAAGCACUUUUCGAACAUAAUCGAUCGUCCCUGAUGCGUAUCUACCCAUACGCGUUCCGAGUCAACUCGUCUAACCUUGACCCAUCUUUCUGCUGGCGCCGCGGCGCACAGCUUGUGGCGCUGAACUGGCAAAACGUAGACAAAGGAAUGAUGCUCAAUCAUGGAAUGUUCUUCGGCACACCGGGCUGGGAGAUGAAGCCAUCAGGGUAUCGAAGCUCGGAGCCCUCCCCGGUCAUCAUCUGCCGGCGCACACUCGAUUUGAAGGUAGAAGUUUUUGCAGCACAGGACUUGGCUUUGCCGCCAGGUAAUAGGAAGGAAAGGAAUUUUCGCCCCUAUGUGAAUUGCCAGCUGCACGUCGAAGAGCCCGAAGGCCCAGUCGUUACUGGUCGCGAGGAUGCCAGCUCAGACUCCGAGAAGAGCAGCUAUCGGCGCUGCACGAAGAGCUCAAGUGGUCGAAAUCCGGAUUUCGAGGGACAAACACUGGCCUUCCCUACCAUAAAAGGAAUUAUUGAAGAUUUGAGCUUUGUCCGAUUCAAAAUCAAGGACGACGAAAUUGGCCGGGACUCGUUGGCUGCCUGGGCAUGCAUUCGACUCGACCGAUUACGCGAAGGGUUUCGACUCGUCCACCUUCAUGACCGCACAGGAGAGAAGACAGGGGGUAUUCUAUUGGUUCAUAUCAAGAAGCAGGUAACCGAGUAA